AUGUUUGGACCGGGCAAUCAUAUCCGACCAAAUGCCGUGCGAUCGGUAGAGGAAACUAUGAAAUAUUCCCGCGGUGGCUUUGACUAUAUCUGCAUCGCAACGAAGGUUGCUCCCUUUGACGACCUUUCCCUGCAGAAGCAGAUUAAGCCUGCAUUGGGUACUUUUCCCGCUGUUUUUCCCCCAAAGCAGAAGCGUGUCACAAGUCGACUUGCCACAAUUUUGGGAAACUACGGCGCGAAUAGCCUCCAUGAAGAGGAUAUCCAGGGGGCAUGGUGGAGAAAACUUUUGGUCAAUGGAUCGCAAAACCCCAUAUGCGCGCUCUCUCACCUUCGUGAUGCGCAAUUCCUCAGAUCGGAUUCUGAAGCAGUUCCUUUUCUCAGGAACGUCAUGGCAGAGAUUGCUACCGUCGCACAGUCCAAGGGUUAUACAGAUAUUGAUAAUACCGUAGUUGAUCAUCAAAUGGAGGCUUCCGAAUCACGGGCACUUCCAGGGAAUACCCCAAGCAUGAUGGUGGACGCCUUGUCAGGUCGCCGUCUCGAAGUCGAAAGCAUUCUUGGAAACACUGUGCGAAUCGCCUGA